ACUAAGAAGGUCACAAAAAAGGCAUGGUCAACUGUCUAAAAUAAGAUGUCACAGAUUCUGCGUUUGUCAUCCCAUUUAUUUAAUGCAUUAUUGUUUGAAAAUGUUUCAACUUGCCGAUCCUGUAUGCUGCUUCGAUCAGGUCAAAUCAGAAAUUCCAGUAAUAGUAAAGCACUUGAAGAGCAGCCAUAUAUAUUUACACCUCGUGCCAAGAAAAGACAUGAACAGAAGAGUUGCCCAGAGGACAGGAUUAAUACCUCACAUUUCCAGCUAUACAAUACAUUGACAGCCAGGGUUAAUCAGUUAUCCGAUAAAGGACAAACUAGAAAAACAGAAACAUUUAAAAGGAAUAAGGAUAAAUCAUCGAUCGACUGUGAUAAAAUAAGCCAUGAACAAAAGACUGAAAAAACACAACCAAGUCGGAACAAAAGUGAUCACAGACUAAGUGAUCACCGACAGAACAGCUGGAAAAGUUCUGAAACAAAUAAAAGUAAAUUUCAAGACAAGUUCAAGGGAGCAGUGUCAAAAUCAACAGAACUAUCGGCAGAAGCGUUGGAAAAACGACAAAAGAAAAGGCUAAAAUACUUGGCGAAAAAGACCAAGCUAAAAAAAGCCUUAGAUGAAUAUUAUACAAGGAAAAGCCCAAACCAUAAACAGAGAGACAAUGAUGAGACUGUCAAGUAUUUAGGAGUGAUCCAUAAACAGGGGAAAGGUCUCUCUGAGCUGUUUCUGCCGAGUAAGAGGAUUAAUCGAGAUGCGAAGCAAAGCUUUGCUUUUGAUAGAACCAGUGCACAGACUGAAGGGGAUAUUCUGUUUGAUUUUCUUUCUGGUAAAUCUGGGAUUGAGCCUGAAGAAACUGAAGCAGCUACUGAGGUUUCAAAUGAUUUGCUGCCUGACGAAGAAUGGGAGGUAUUGAAGCAGCUUCGCCAUCACUACAAAAGUAGCUUGGGGAAACCGAAAUGGUCCGAGGAAGAAUGGUUGGAUUAUGAGCGGAAACUUGACGUAUUCUAUGAAGAAGAAACACCAGAACCCUACGGGGAUUUGACUUCGAUGGAAGGGCUCAUCCUGCCAGUAGAUUUGGAGAUGAACUCGUUGGAGGGGGUUGUUACAAAGAAGGCCAAGAAAAAGCGUGAGAAAACUAACCGCUUAAAUAAGAAGACAGCGAACAGUUCAGCCAUCUCACUCUCGGUACGAAGCGAGGUUAACAAUGACAGUCUACUUGACUAUGCAGAUGCCUGCUCGUCGUGUGGUUUGACAAGAACUGCUCUAGAGUUGACUGAAUUACACAGAAGGACCGCUGAAGGCAUCACAAUUGAAGAUGUGAGAAUAUACAACUGCUUGUUACGAGGACUUUUACAUGAGGGUGCGAAAUUUAGUGAGCUUCAGAGAUUGUAUGGCUUACUAAAGGAAGAUGGGUUACAGCCAACUAUGGAGACAUACAUGUUGUGUCUGGCUGGAAUCAAAGAUACAUCGGAACACGGCAUCCUAAUGGCAUCUUUUAUCAUCAAGAGCAUGAUCAUGCAGGGUCUUGAUGUCAAGGACAUUUUCAACCAAUGUGAGUUUGUUCAGAACGAAAGGCAUGCAGUAUACCAGAUGCUCAAAGCUGUGAUGCCAGACUAUGAGCCAAAUCUCCCAACAUUUCAUGAGGAAUAUGAGGGCCCGUUGUUGGAUGGUUUAAACACCUCGCUUUCUGCAUCAGAGAAAGUGGACAUUAAUCCAUUCGCUGGUGUUUUCACAAGUGAUGAAGUUCGACAGAGAGCGGAGCGUCAGUUUAAUAUCGAAUUGGAUGGUAACAUUAGCAUGAAGUCAAUUUUCAACACAAAGAAGAAAAUGGACGUGUUUAGGGAAAACGAGAUCAAGAUCUUAGAGAAGCAGUGGCAGAGUAGUAUACAGGAAAUGUUUGUGAAGAAGAGGCAAGAUCAAGUACAGCUGUUGGCUUCUAAAAACGUGAAAACAGUGACUCUGCUUCCAUUCCUGUGUGUUCUACCAACUGAAGACUACGUUAACAUAAUGGUCAAGGAAGCUUUACGCUGGACGGUAAUGUCACAGGCGUUCAGUGCGACUUGUUCACGUAUGGCGAUUGCGCUGGGGCAACAGGUUGAACAGAGGUACAGAAUACAGACUUUCCUGGAUGCUGGCGUCUUUCCUAAGCUAUCGAAAGCUUACUGUGAAUAUGUAGAGCUUUACUGUGAUCCUGACUCCGAUCCUGGUAAUCAGAGGCUUGAGUGGAGUAAAAUCAUGCAUCGUCUCAGCGACGGCAACAGCAUGUGCCCUUCAAGACCAGAAUGGAGCGAGGCCACCCUUAAAAUGGUAGGGGUUGCUCUGUUUAACAUAAUUCUUGAUGGCUGUCAUAUCAACACCAAUCAUUUCUCCAAGAACACACCUGCAAAAUAUGUGAAAGCCUUUCGUAAAAUUCAACGAACAAGACAAGACCAGCUGAAGACUGAAGUGAUGGGCCACCCAGUGUUGUCGCGACUAAUGAACGCAGAGUCAGACAUCAGUCUGAAGCCCUGGGAGGUCCCCAGUCUGUGCCCUGUCGUGCCGUAUACCAGUUCACAUCAGGGCGGGAACUUCACAAGCUCAUUGCAGCUAUGUACAUGGGGUGAUGAACAGAAGAAGAAAUUUGAGGAGCAGCAACCAAAACCUGGGGCUUUCAUAGAUAAUCUGAACAUUCUCGGAUCGACUCCAUGGAAAAUAAACAAACCAAUGUUGGAGGUUGUCAUGAAGAUAUUUAAAUCCGGGGGUGACCCUUCCAUCGACAUACCCCAACUACCUGACAAUCUGCCUACCCCGGACAAACUGGACAAGAGCAAGCUUGAAGGGCAAGAUGAGAAGACAAUUAAACGCAUGAAUUAUGAGUACAAUAAAGAAAAACAGAUGUUUACGAAAGUUUACUCAGAAACCAACAGCCUUUGGUGGAGUUGUUUGUAUAAGCUCUCUAUAGCUAACAAGUUUAAGGAUGAAGUCAUGUGGUUUCCGAUGAAGGUUGACUUCCGAGGACGGGUGUACCCGUACCCGCCACACUUAAACCAUCAGGGUCAGGAUUUUGUUCGAUGCUUGCUGGUGUUCGCCAAAGGCAAGCCCCUUGGAUCUUCUGGCCUUGACUGGCUUAAACUACACUUAAUGAAUCUCUCUGGGCUGCUCAAAAGAGCGUCAUACAAGGAGAAGUUAGCGCAUGUGGAGACACUGAUGCCGGAAAUUCUAGACUCUGCCCAGGAUCCACUUGGGGGAAAUGGCUGGUGGAAAACUUUAGACGACCCUUUCCAGUGCUUGUCCACAUGCAUGGAGAUUGCCAAUGCUGUGAACAGUGGAGAUCCCUCCCAGUUCAUCUCCUACUUACCGAUUCACCAGGAUGGCUCGUGUAAUGGCCUCCAGCACUAUGCAGCUCUUGGAAGAGACAAUGAAGGAGCAAGGUCCGUGAAUCUUCACCCCCUGGAGCAACCGGCCGAUGUGUACUCUGAUAUUGUACACUUGGUUAUGGAGGAGUUGGAAUCGGACAUGAACAGUGAUUUACCAACAGCCAAACUUGCCGCCAUGUGUCGCGACUACCUGGAUAGAAAGGUAAUCAAACAGACGAUUAUGACGACAGUGUACGGUGUGACAACACACGGCGCAUCCUUGCAGAUCGCGCGUCAGCUUGGUUAUAAGGAGUUCCCGGAAAAGGAGCUGAGAAACGCUGCCAGAUACCUCAUGAACAAGACUUUCCUUUGCUUGAAAAAACUAUUCUUUUCCGCCAAAGAUAUUCAGAAAUGGUUUGACCUGUGUUCCCUGACUAUCUGCCGCAAGACCAAUAAGCCGGUGGAAUGGGUGACUCCCCUUUACUUCCCAGUUUUACAGUGUUACUACAAAACACAAAGGACGACAGUUAAGGGCAGAAUGCUGGAGAUUCGAGAAUCACAAUAUCUAAAAGUGGAUAGCCAGAGACAGAAGAACGGAUUUGCCCCAAACUUCAUCCAUUCUUUGGACGCCACACAUAUGGCCUUGACUGCCCUGUACUGCCACAGAAAGGGCAUAACCUUCUCAGCCGUCCACGACUGUUUCUGGACACACGCCUCGUCUGUUGAUGUCAUGAAUGUGAUAACAAGGGAGCAGUUUGUGGCUCUGCACAACCAACCCAUCCUAGAUAACCUUUCAAAGCACUUCCUGGAUACAUACAUACACAAUGGUGAUCUCAGUGGCAAAGAUAGGGAGAUACUGGCAGCCAUCUUGUCCAAGGUUCCCCAUAGAGGAACCUUUGACCUCAACAAUGUGAUGCACUCCACCUACUUCUUCAGCUAGCAUCUCUCUAAAUAGGCUGAACUGUCUUAGCAAGCUGAACUGUCUAAGUAGGCUGAGCUGUAUAAGCUGAGAGUGCAGUAUUCACAUGAUGCUCCAUCUGACCAUCUGCAUUGUCAACAUAGUUUAUUGUGUCUAAACAUGCUGAUAGCCUGCAUCAUCUGAACAUGAUGAUUGCCUGCAUUGCCUGAACAUGAUGAUUGCCUGCAUCAUCUGAACAUGGUGAUUACCUGAACAUGGUGAUUGCCUGAACAUGGUGGUUGCCUGAACAUGUUGGAUGCCUGAACAUGGUGGUUGCCUGAACAUGGUUGUUGCCUAAACAUGGUGGUUCCCUGCAUCAUUCAAAAAUUGGUGAUUGCCUGAACAUGGUGGUUGCCUGAAUCAUCCUAACAUGAUGAUUGCCUGAACAUGCUGGUUGCCUGAACAUGUUGGUUCCCUGCAUCAUCCAAACAUGGCGAUUGCCUGAACAUGGUGAUUGCCUGAACAUGGUGAUUGCGUGAACAUGGUGGAUGCCUGAAUUGUUCGAACAUGGUGGUUGCCUAAAUUAUCUGAACAUGGUUGCCUGAACAUGUUGGAUGCCUGAACAUGUUGGUUGUCUGAAUUGUCCGAGCAUGGUGAUUGCCUGCAUUAUCCAAACAUGUUGAUUUCCUGAACAUGGUGAUUGCCUGAAUUGUCCCAACUUGGUGAUUGCUGUCUGAACAUGGUGACUGCUGUCUAAACAUGGUGAUUGCCUGAACAUGAUGGUUGCCUGCACCAUCCUGCAACAUGGUGAUUGCCUGAACAUGAUGAUUGCCUGCAACAUGGUGAUUGCCUAAAUUGUCCCAACUUGGUGAUUGCUGUCUUAUCAUGGUGAUUGCCUGAACAUGUUGGUUGCCUGCAUCGUCCGAACAUGGUGAUUUCCUGAACAUGGUGAUUGCCUGAGUGUGAUUUAUUGUCUGAGCUGCUUCAUCUGAACAUAAUGAAAUAUCAAUAUAGUGAUCCAUUAUCAAAACAUCUGAACUAACUGAUUGUCCAACUGUAUCAUUUAAAAAUGGUGUGAUUUUUACACUUGAAUAUCGAUUGAAAUUCAAAGGUUUCGUCUGUACCUGAUUAUUUUCAUCAUAAUACAUUACCUAACAUUAUUAUGCCGUCUACACAUGUUGCUUAAGUUCAACAGCGUGCAUCGUCUGAACAUUGGUGUAUCAUCUAGACAUGAUGCUUUUGUUCAAUAGUGUGCAUUUUCUGAACAUAGGUGUGCCAUCUAGACAUGAUGCUUAAGUUCAACAGUGUGCAUCGUCCGAACAUUGGUAUGCUGUCUAGACAUGAAGCUGAAAGUCAACAGUGUGCAUCGUCUGAACUUGCCGUAGGAUCAAAUUUUCAUCAUGUUUUAAACAUGCAUGAUUUGAUAAGGAUCUUGUGCGUUUACUGUGUAUGCAUGCUGUCUAAAUUAUGAUAUUAUUUGUACAAAUAUUUCAGCUCAUAGUUUUGACAAAUUGUGAUGUUUGGAGGGCAUGAAUUAGAUGAUGAUUAAAACUUUUCUGUGAUUUAUAGUUUUUUAAUAAAAAGGUUGUACCAUG